AUGUCUAUUGAAAGCCGAUCUGCGAAUCUCCGAGAUUUGACUUGGAUUAGGAAGCCUGAAAUUCAAGAUUUAGAUUUACAGAAUGAGAGUCAUUUAGACAACAGAUUUUUGCGGUCUAACGCCAACCACGAUAUGCAGAAUAUAAGUUCACCACCGAGGAAAUGA